AUGCAACUUGACAUGCUGUUGAAUAAACGUGAAAAACUGAAUAACGGAAAUGGAGAUCAUACAAUCAUCAUGGAAGAUGCAUCGUUUUCUUGGAAAGAUACACCUUCUUUGUUAUGCAUCAGUCUCAAGAUCAGAAGCGGUCAUUUAGUUGGAGUGAAAGGUGCUAUUGGUGCCGGCAAGUCAACCCUUCUAGCUGCUAUUCUCGGUGAAAUCAAUCUUGUUAGUGGAAAAUUACGAAUAUAUGUUGAUGCUAUUUCAUACGCUCCACAAUUGCCAUGGAUAUUUUCUGACACUAUUCGAGCUAAUAUUCUUCUUGGUAAACCAAUGAAUGAAGAACGUUACAAGAAUGUCAUCAAAGCAUGCUGUCUUGAUAUUGAUCUUCAGAAUUUUGGUGAAGUCGGUGAUUUAUUAAUGAUUGGUGAUAAAGGUAUUAAUUUGAGCGGAGGACAAAAAGCUCGAAUAUCACUGGCUCGUGCUCUCUAUACUGAUACUGACUUAUAUUUAUUCGAUGAUCCGUUGGCAGCUGUUGAUGCAAAGGUAGCCAAGAAUAUUUUUGAUCAAUGUAUUGGUUCUCAUAGUUUCCUUUGUGGAAAGACUCGGAUAUUAGUUACACAUCAGACACAAUUUUUAGUUGAAGCCGAUCAAAUAAUUCUAUUGAGGAAGGGUCACAUCGAUGAAUUAGGCAUCGAGCAACCUUUUGUCAAUAAAUCAUCAAAUGAUACGUUAGAAAUAGACCCAUCGAAUGUUACGUCAGAAACAGACUCAUCGAAAGAUAAUGAGACUGAUUGGACACUCAAUACUGCUACAAGUGAUAUAAACUCGAUUGUAAAAAGCGAGACUUCAAUCGAUGGUGGCAUCAGCUGGAGUGUUUGGCUACAAUUAUUUACUGCACCACCUUUACGUUGGUUUGGUUUUUUUCUUAUGAUAAUUUUUAUGCUUGGUAGUGAGGCUUUGUACGACUUUGCAAAUAAUUGGCUCGCUCUGUGGUCUGGUAAAAGUAAAAAUGAGCAACGAUCAUCAUUUUAUGCUUACGUCUAUCUUGGAGUUAUAUUUGCUACAUUGAUUGUUGCAUUAAUACGUGCCGGAUAUAUCUUCUUGAUUAUGUUGUGUGGUUCGACCUAUUUUCACAAUCGAAUGCUCAAAGGUAUCUUAUAUACUUCUUUACGUUUCUUUGAAAGUAAUCCAAGUGGAAGAAUAUUGAAUCGAGCAAGCAAAGAUCAACAAGUGUUAGAUGAAUCAUUACCUCUUGCUUUAAUUGAUACAAUGCAAUAUUUGUUAAUGACUCUCGGUUCUAUUGCAAUCAUUGGAAUAACCAAUAAAUGGGUACUUCUAAUUCUUAUUCCUUUAGUUCCUACAGUUUUGUGGCUUCGUAGGUUUUACAUACGUUCGAGUCGUCAAUUGAAACGACUCGAAAGUGUAACACGUAGUCCAAUUUAUGAAUUGUUCUCAUCGUCCUUAGAUGGACUUACUAGUAUCCGUGCGUUUGACGUUCAAGAUGACUUUUUGAAUAUGUUCAUGGAAAGAAUCGAUACCAAUUCACGAGCGUACUUCAUUCUCUUUGCCACUGCACGAUGGUUCGGUUUACAGCUCGAUCUUAUAACAUCUUUACUCACUUUAAUUACGGCUAUUCUUGCAGUAGCUUUGCGCCAUCAAAUCGAUCCAUCUGCAGCAGCACUCAGCAUUACCUAUUGUAUCACUCUAACCGGUCUGUUUCAAUGGGCUAUGCGACAAUCGGCCGAAGCCGAAAAUUUCAUGACCAGUGCAGAACGUAUUCAUGAAUAUGGUCAACUAGUGCCAGAAGGCCAUCAGAACAUUGAUGGAAAUAGUAUACUCAUUCAACCAGCAGAUGAUUGGCCAUCUCAUGGUAUUAUCGACUUUAAAGACUACACUUUUCGCUAUCGACCAGAGCUCGAUCCUGUGCUCAAAAACCUUAACCUACGAAUUGAAUCCAAGGAGAAGAUUGGAAUUAUCGGUCGGACAGGUAUGAUUACAUCAUUGCUAGGAUAUUUUUGA